UAGUUAUCUGAGGGUAGCGUUUGAACAACACGAAUUCGGUCUAUUACUUCUUCAAGUCAAUUGAACUCUGGAACGUCUCAUGGCGGACACACCAUCAUCUAUAGAGUUGAAGACAACUCCACAGCAUAUAUCCACCGAUAUAGUCAAUGUUCCGAGGCAAAAUUCUGGCCCAACCCCCGCUGAGAGCAACUACAAUUCAGACCGUGCAGUCAUCUCUGGAGAUGAUGAAUCUCCCCCGGACGGCACAACAGAGUUUUCAUUGCCGCCCGUAGACAGGGGGAAAGAUGCUUGGCUUUUCUUGGCAGCUUGUUUCGUUUUAGAGGCGUUAGUAUGGGGCUUUCCAUUUGCGUUUGGUGUGUUUCAAGACUAUUAUCGCACACACGAACCCUUUGCUGGGUCGUCUAAAAUUGCUGUUAUUGGAACUACGGCAAUGGGUAUCAUGUAUCUCGAUAUUCCCAUCAUCAUGGGCCUCCAGCGCUUGUACCCGAGACCCACCCGCCAUGCGCCUGCCGUGGGUCUUCUAUUCUUAUGCCUCGCUCUCGCCAUCUCUUCCUUUUCCCAAAACGUCACGCACCUCAUCUUGACACAGGGAGUCCUAUACGCAAUUGGCGGCUCCAUUUGUUAUUGCCCAUGUAUCUUAUAUAUGAACGAAUGGUUCGUCAAGCGUCGUGGAAUGGCCUAUGGGGCUAUGUGGGCCGGCAGCGGCCUAGGUGGCUUUACAAUUCCUCUUCUUUUGGAAUAUUUCCUUGACAAGUACGGAUUCAGAACUACAUUACGGAUAUGGUCUCUCAGCGUGUUCAUUUUGUCUGCUCCCUUGAUAUGGUUCAUCAAGCCACGGGUACCUGCGUCAAGCACACACCUCAAUCCUUUUAACCUCAAGUUUUUGUUGACCCGUUCUUUUUGCUUGUUCCAGCUUACGAAUAUUGUCGAAGGCAUUGGCUACUUUCUUCCGGGUAUUUAUUUGCCGACAUAUGCUCGUGUGUCUCUUGGUGCUGGCGAUUUCCCAUCGGCUCUGACACUCUUGGUCUUGAACGUUGGCGCAGUCAUAGGGUGCGUCGUCAUGGGUACCUUGACUGAUCGUCUCCAUGUGACGACGUGUAUCGCAAUAUCGACCAUUGGCACAGCAAUCGGUACCUUUUUUCUAUGGGGACUUGGCACUAACAUGGCGUCCCUUUACGUGUUCUGCGUCAUAUAUGGUCUGUUUGCAGGCUCGUAUACGUCAACUUGGCCAGGAGUUAUGAAAUAUUAUUUAUCAACUAUGAGUGGAUCGGGAGAAGAGGGCAGUGGGAACCGUGGUAGCUACGACCCCCUCAUGAUAUUUGGCGUGCUCUCCGCUGGACGGGGCGUUGGUAACGUCGUUUCAGGGCCGCUGAGCGAGGCACUGAUCAAGGGGAUGCCAUGGCAAGGCCAAGCUGCUGCUGGAUAUGGGAGCGGAUAUGGGACACUGAUAGCCUUUACAGGGGCAACGGCUGUCGUUGGCGGUGGUAGCUAUUUGUUCAGGAGAAUUGGGUGGCUAUAAACAUCAAGUGUUGAUUUCUUGCCGUAAUAAAGCGAAGAGAAGCGCGACUAUGUAUAGACCAGGAGCCAUAUAGACUGCAGCUCAAUUUGUUUCAAAUAGAAUACGAUACAAC